AUGGAGAACAUGAUGCAGGGCAAUAAGAUCAGACGAGUUGCAGCUACUCGCAUGAAUGAGAGGUCAUCUCGAUCACACACGAUUUUCCGGAUUAUUCUGGAGUCGAAAGAUGCCAAUCAGAAAGAUGGACCUGUACAUAUAAGCUACCUUAACUUAAUGGACUUAGCUGGUUCUGAGAGAGUUUCUCUGACGAAAGCUGCUGGUGAGCGUCUUAAAGAGGGGGCUAACAUAAACAAAUCUUUGUCAGUAUUAGGAAAUGUGAUAAGGCAACUAAGCGAGGGGAAGGAGUUUAUCAGUUAUCGCGAUUCGAAAUUGACUAGACUGCUCUCACAGGCUCUUGGCGGUAAUGCCAAAUCAUUGAUUAUCGGGAAUCAGGAAUGUACAAAUUCAGAUGUAUAUGGAUCUGUAGUAAAACCUUUAGUCGAUUCCUUCAUGGAAGGUUUCAAUGCCACAAUAUUUGCAUAUGGCCAAACAUCUUCUGGCAAAACACACACCAUUUUGGGCAAUAAAACAGAUCCUGGGCUUUUCCAAUUAGUAUCCAAUCAGUUAUUCCAGCAUGUGGCAGACCAGGUUGAUAAGAGGUACUUGAUUAGAUGCAGUUAUAUUGAAAUCUACAAUGAAAAGAUCAAUGACCUCCUGGAUAAGAGCAAUCAGGGUUUAACUAUAAGAGAAGAUAUCAAAGGAAAUGUGCUGCUUGAUGCAAGGGAAGCUGUCGUAGACAAUGUUGAUAAAGUUAUGGAGAACAUGAUGCAGGGCAAUAAGAUCAGACGAGUUGCAGCUACUCGCAUGAAUGAGAGGUCAUCUCGAUCACACACGAUUUUCCGGAUUAUUCUGGAGUCGAAAGAUGCCAAUCAGAAAGAUGGACCUGUACAUAUAAGCUACCUUAACUUAAUGGACUUAGCUGGUUCUGAGAGAGUUUCUCUGACGAAAGCUGCUGGUGAGCGUCUUAAAGAGGGGGCUAACAUAAACAAAUCUUUGUCAGUAUUAGGAAAUGUGAUAAGGCAACUAAGCGAGGGGAAGGAGUUUAUCAGUUAUCGCGAUUCGAAAUUGACUAGACUGCUCUCACAGGCUCUUGGCGGUAAUGCCAAAUCAUUGAUUAUCGGGAAUGAAUGUACAAAUUCAGAUGUAUAUGGAUCUGUAGUAAAACCUUUAGUCGAUUCCUUCACUGGAGGUUUCAAUGCCACAAUAUUUGCAUAUGGCCAAACAUCUUCUGGCAAAACACACACCAUUUUGGGCAAUAAAACAGAUCCUGGGCUUUUUCCAAUUAGUAUCCAAUCACAUGUGGCAGACCAGGUUGAUAAGAGGUACUUGAUUAGAUGCAGUUAUAUUGAAAUCUACAAUGAAAAGAUCAAUGACCUCCUGGAUAAGAGCAAUCAGGGUUUAACUAUGAGAAGAUAUCAAAGGAAAUGUGCUGCUUGA